GUGGAAAAGAGCAGAGCGCUGCGUCAUGCUGAAGUACCACAGCGACAGCACCGAGCCUGAGGUAAGCGGGGCGGAACAUGAUGGGCUCAAUGCGAGAUUCGGAUCAUUUUAAAGCCCGGCUUGCCCCGAGGUGCAGGAUCUCUCGAGCGUUCGGUCAGAUCACACAGGCAAAGGCACUCCAGCUGGUGCUAUGGGGAUCUCCACUCUCCUCCUGUUCUUCAGCCUUGCUGGGCUGACCUGGUCAUGCCUGGACCCCAACUCUGCAUACAGGAUCACCGGUGCCGUGUGUCGACUCACUUACCCAGCAGCACUGGUGUUGAACGAGAAGACCACCAAUGUGAUUGAGGCUGCGUUCCAGCACGCCCGCUACCCCAACAUGGGCGGAGAGUCCUCCUCCUUCUUGGGGAAGGUGCAUUACGAUCUCAGCAACCUGGAAAUCCACAAUCUGUCCAUUGGGGAGAGUAGGGUGGAGCUCAGGGAGAACGAACACAUCGGACUCUCCAUCUCCAGCGUCUCCGCCGUCUUCCAGGGCACCAUCCUCUAUGGAUAUGGCAGCUGGCUAAUAGGCUUUGGACAUUCGGUGGAUUUUGAGAUUGAAUCCAACAUUGAUCUGGUUGUCAACCCCCAGCUGCACUGUGGGGAUGGAAAAGUGGCUGCUGACACGUCCGAUUGCUCCCUCACCUUCCACAAGCUGCAUCUCCUUCUACAGGGAGACCGACAGCCAGGGUGGCUCAAAAGGCUCUUCACAGAUUUUGUCACGUUCACGGUGAAGAUGGUCGUUAAGAGCCAGAUCUGUAAAGAGAUUAAUAAGCUUGCUGACAUACUUGCUGACUUUAUACAAGAGACUGCAGAAAACUUCCUGAGUGAUGGCGAUAUAGGUGUGGAUAUCUCAGUCACUGCUCCACCAGUCAUCACAUCCAAUUACAUAGAGUCUUAUCACAAGGGAGUAACCCAGUACCACAACAUGACAGCGGUCAUCAAUGCCUCUGUGUUCACCCCUGCCCGGCUGACAGAGGACCGCAUGCUGUACUUCUGGAUCUCGGAUGAUCUCCUGGAGCCUCUGGUUAAAGUUGCUCAUCUCGACAGCCGCUAUAAAUGCACCAUUACUGGCCCUGAGCUCCUGGAUCUUUUCAAAGUGGACCUUUCUACAGCCAAGCCAGCUCUUCUGGAAGAGCUGCUGUCCACAGAGGCACCGGAGCUGAAGGUGCGCAGUGUGACCCCCCCCCAUCUCUGGACCACCGCCCGGGGCACGUUUGUGCAAGGGACUGCCUCAGUGGAACUGGCCGGGAGCCUCGGCACCCCCCCACUCUCCUUUAAUGCGGAAGUGAAGGUGCUCGUGACAGCAUCCUACGCUAACAAAAAACUGAUCCUGAGAGCCAGAUGCCCCCAGAGGGCCCCCCGAGAACAGUGCGUCUCCAUCCUGGAGGAGUCGGUCUCUCCCAGAAGCCUCCAGGGUGGGCAGCUGGACUACUUAAGGGAGGCUGUUGAAAAGAUAGGCGUCCCUAAAAUCACUUCCUACCUGGAGACGGGGAUAACGACCCUAAUGAACAAACAAGGACUGGAUCUGUUUGAUAUCAUCAACCCUGUUGUGUUACCCCAGGAGGGCUAUGUUGUGGUACAGCUGGACUUUGGGUUCCCUCACCAUUUGCUUGUUGACUUCCUUAAGAAGACGCUUGAGUGACAGGAAGUGCAGUGUACUGUGAGAACUCGCGUCACACACCUACCACCGUGACACAACUUUGACCCAAUUGGUACAACUAUAUAUUUCACUGGAUUCAUUCAGGUUAAGUGUCUUGCUAAAGGGUGUCACAGCGCAGCCCUUGGGACUCAAACCUAUCCAUGUCCUUAUUAUGCCGUGCUGUGGUGUCCAAUCAAAUCCCAGACAAGGGCCAUUUUGGAGGUGUGGUAACGUAUUCAGUUAUCACUUGAUCCGCCGUAAAACAGGUUUGCAGAGCCAGUCUCUUGUGUUGUGUAUGUAUAUAUUGACAUUAUUCUUAUCCUGGAAGCAUUAUAUAUAUAUUCCAGAUACUUGUGUUAGGUCUAUGAGAUUUUGAGUUGCUUUGAGCCUCAUUGUCCAUAAUAUUGACAUGACGGUUUAACGCACUUCCUAAUGAUUUACAAGGAAAAGGUACUCUUAAGUGCUAAAAUGUACAUUUCUGUGACCACUAGACAUGGAAUUCCGUUUUUGAGCAAUACUGCUAUUUUAAACAAUGUAGCAUUGACUGUUGUCACAGUGACAUAGUAAAAUGGUAAAGGUCAAAAAAGCUUUGAUAGCCCAAGUUGUUGGCAAAGGGGCAGUGGCAGCAACACUUUUGUUUUUCAAAAUUUGGAACCAUUGACAUCGUUUGAAAUGAGUGUGUUUAAGGGCUGUCAAAACCUGUAUACUGUUAUGUAAUUAUUCAUUGUCCAAAAGCAUUUUGCAAGUCACUAUUAAAUUCAGUUUUCUGAUAUAGAGUCACUAGCCACCUUCAACACCGGUGAGCCUUUACUUAUCUCUGAAGGUGAUAUUAUGCAUUGCUGAUCUGAAAUUCUUUUCCAUCACAUGAGCUAUGAAAGCCAUGUUUAAUUUUAUAUUUAAAGAGGCUAAAGAAUGUUAAACUGGGCCUUGCUGUCUUACU